AUGAGUUUUAGCAGUGGAAACGGAUCACAUGACAAAACUCAUCACGAUAUUGCCGAACAAGAGAGUGCUAAAAUUAGAAGGCUUAAAAGGAGAUUGGUACUUGCCGAGAGAAGACCAAAUAAGGCACAUAAAGUUCUUACACCAUGUAGUGGUUCACAAAGUAAUAUUCUUCAAACUAGCUUUUCAUGUGAUAAGGACUACAACGGAUAUGGCAAAAGAUCACUAGACGCGCAAGGGAGUACAAUAGUAGGGAGAAACUUUGUUGGCAAAGAGAACAUAUAUGGUAGAGCCAUCAAUGAUUGUGUUGUAAACUUAAUGUCCUCAUUUGAUGAUGUUGCAAGUCCUGUUCUGGAGUUCAUGGAAUCUACCCAAUCUCAUGUCUCAAAUUUGACUCAAUCUACACCUCUAAAUGGUCAUAUGUCUAGAGUUGAGUACUUGGAUAUAGGGGAUCCUACGUGGAAGUGUGAAUAUUGUGGAGCAUUAAUGUGGUAUGACGAAAGGACUGUUAAAGCAAAAAGACCUGAUGAGCCUGAAUUCAGCCUAUGUUGCUCAUCUGGAAAAGUACAAUUGCCUCUUAUGUUGGAUCCUCCACUAACAUUGCGUCACCUUCUUUUUUAUAAGGAUACGAAACAGAGUAAGCAUUUCAGAGAAAAUAUCAGGGCUUACAAUGCAGCCUUCAACUUCACAUCUAUGGGUGCUAAAGUGGAUAGGGAAGUCAAUACCGGUCGUGGUCCACGUGUGUUUAAAAUUUCUGGCCAAAAUUAUCAUAGUAUUGGUGAUCUAACUCCUCCAGAAGGUCAUCGUCCAAAAUUUGCACAAUUAUACAUAUAUGAUACAGCCAAUGAAGUUGAGAAUAGACGAGCAUUAUUCAGGACAAGUGACUCUGAAUUUAUGUUGCACUCCAACAUAAUUCAAAUGUUGAAAGAUAUGCUUGACAAGGAUAAUGUUUGGGCUGAAGCAUUUCGGAUGGCAAGAGAUGUUUUUGAUGUACAUGAAGAUGAAAAUUUCAGCUUGAAGUUAAUCUUUGACAGGCAAUCUGAUGGGAGAACCUACAAUAUGCCUACUGUUUUAGAGUACCCAUUGUUGUUUGCUUAUGGAGAGGAUGGUUAUCGAAGUGGUGUUUUACAUAGAGGUCUUGAUCUUGAAGAAUGGAUAUCCAAACCUGCCUACAACACUGUUACUAUAAGGGAGUUUUUUGCUUUUAGACUACAAACGAGGGAGAAUGAACCUGAAACCCUUUUACAUGCAGGAAAAUUAUUCCAACAAUUUAUUGUUGAUGGUUACACAAUGAUUGAGGCUCAUAGAAUGUGUUACUACAGAAGGAAUCAAAAAAAAUUUAGGGCUGGUUCAUAUAAAGAUGUUAACUCUGCUGUUGAUCAUGGCAUCACUGAAUCAUCAUCUUCUGGAACCCGGAUCUUGCUUCCAUCUUCAUUUAUUGGUGGUAGGAGAUAUAUGAAUCAACAUUAUUAUGAUGCAAUGGCUAUUUGUCAUAAGCUGGGCUAUCCAGAUUUAUUCAUAACUUUUACGUGCAACCAGAACUGGGUUGAGAUUAACAGAUUCUUGACGAAGAAAAGAUUGAGGCCAGAAGAUCGCCCUGACGUUGUAACUAGGGUAUUCAAAAUAAAGUUACAACAACUAAUGGAAGAAUUAAAGAGCGGAACUUUGUUUGGUGACGUGAUUGCCGUUGUGUAUACCAUUGAAUUUCAGAAGAGAGGUCUCCCUCACGCGCAUAUAUUGUUAUUUCUUCGGAAUAAGUCUCCAAAUCAUUCUCAUAUUGACAAAAUAAUUAGUGCGGAAAUACCAGAUCCCAAUCAACAACCGCUACUUUAUGAAAGAGUGAAGACAUCCAUGAUGCAUGGUCCUUGUGGCUCAGAUAAUGUAAAAUCUCCAUGCAUGAAAGAUGGGAAGUGCUCCAAAUUUUUUCCAAAGCCUUAUGUGGAAAGCACUACACUUGAUGAAGAAGGAUUUCCGGUGUAUAGAAGACGUAAUGAUGGGAGAACCGUCAAAAAAGGAAACAUAGAGUUGGAUAAUCGAUAUGUAGGUCCUUAUAAUCCCACAUUGUUGCUGAAAUAUGACUCACAUAUAAAUGUGGAAUGGUGUAAUCAAUCAGGGUCUAUAAAGUAUCUUUUCAAGUACAUAAGCAAGGGCCAUGACCGUAUUAUAGCUGGGAUACAUGACAAGAACAAGGAAGUAGAUGAGAUCAAAAUGUAUUAUGAUUGUCGUUACUUAUCACCGUGUGAAUCAGUUUGGAGGACUUUUGGCUUCGAGAUUGUGCAUAGGGAGCCGGCUGUUGAGAGAUUAUCAUUUCAUCUCCCUGGUGAACAAAGUGUGUUAUAUGAGGAUGAUGAGCCUCUUGAUGUUGUCUUAGACAAAGUUGGAUCUAAGGGAACAAUGCAAAUAAAUGGGAGCCAAGGAAGUCCGGUAGAAGCAUUGGCAGAAUGCAUUAUGUAA